GCCGUAGGCUAAUGAGGUGCUGUGGCAAGAGGGUACGCGGCUUUAGUGACUGGUUGGUAGUAGCGUGUGAAGGCGAGUGACUGGGGAUCCAGGCGUGAGUGAGAGGUGGCUGGGACGCGGAGGCCUACUGUCAGGGCUACAGCACGAGGCCUGGAUUCUGCCAUGAUGAACGGUUCAAAUAUAGGAAACUCCACGUCCAACAAUAAGUCCAAGGAUGACCAAGUGGUAAACGGUCAUGAUGAGAAUGAAAACAACCCUUUUGCAGAGUACAUGUGGAUGGAAAAUGAAGAGGAUUUCAACAGACAGGUGGAAGAGGAGCUACAGGAACAAGAAUUUUUAGACAGAUGUUUUGAAGAGAUGUUGGCUGAAGAGGACAAAGAUUGGUUCAUCCCAUCUCGUGACUUGCCGCAGGGUGUGGGGCAGUUGCAGCAACAAUUAAAUGGACUCACAGUCAAUGAUAGUUGUAGUUCUGAGGACAUCUUGAGUAAAAGCAACCUGAAUCCUGAUGCCAAGGAGUUUGUUCCCGGAGUAAAGUACUGAGAUUUGCAGGCAACCUUUUUUUAAAAAAACAAAACAAAACAAAAAAAAUAGACUUUCUUUAACUUCAGGACAAUGCUGCCUAACAUGAGGGGGUUCUGGAUCACGGUGGAUAGUUAUGCUUUAACUCGGCAUUAGUACGAGUAAUUGUGGGAUUACGUCUACAGGCAUCAAAGAAUUGCCCUCAAGAAUAUAUAUUUUGGCAGUAUACUUGUGGGACUUCACUUUUUUUUUUUUUUCUUUUUUUUUUAAAGCAGACUUCUGCAACCUUUUCAUCAAAAGAAUCACGUGCUGUUGUAGUUAAACCAAAACAAUUUUUUUUUCUCUCCAACUGCAGUUUAACCACAUACACUAUAUUAAAAAUGGAAACAGAUGGAUAAAAAAAGCUGGAGUCUUCUAUAACAUCAGCAUGUGCGUUACAGGAUGUGCAACAGUCAUUUUGUUUCCAUGAUGAAGCCUGGUUAAGGUCUGGGUUCCUUUUCACUGCCUUUCAGCUUUUUGGACUGGUCUGCUUAACCUUAUUGCAUCCCUGGCAAAGAACAUUGUGGUAAUUUCUGUGGCUGAUGGCCAUUAAUUUCAGUAUUGCUGCCGGAUCUAUAUAAAUUUAGUUAUGAAACUUCUGUAAACGAGGAAAAUCUUCACAUUGCUCUUAUCCAGCAAGAGGGUUCGUGAUACAAGCAAGACACAAAGGCACAGGAUGUCUGCCCGUUGUGAACAUGCUGCAAGUAAAAAAAAACAAAUGCUUUCCAAUAGUGGUCUGUUACGAAUACAACACUACAAUUCAACGAAUGGCUACAUAAGAUGGCUUACAUGUUGCUUUAAGGAAUGUUACUGGUGUUCAGUUACUUGAACUCCCCCCAUCCUUACAUGCGUGGCAGUGCCAUGUUUAAACAAAGGCAGUGGUAUUUUGAGAGCUUGACUUUUUUUUUUUUUUUUUUAAUUUACCAACAGUGUUAGCUGCUUCUUGAAGCUGGAAAACUGAAGGUGUGGACUGGGUGUUUCAUAAUCCUUUUGAUUAAUCAUGUAACCUAGAUUUUAUUUUAAAGCAGUUUACAUGUAAAUUAAAUGUCUGCCUUGUUUCAUUUACAGUUUUCAGUCCUAAACCUCCAAGUGUCCUCUGAGCCUUCCGUGGCAGCUAUCAUUAAAUCUUUGCUGCACUGUUUUCUUACGAUAGGUUGUGCUCUAAAUUACAAACGUGUGUGAAAUAAGCUCAUUUUAAACUGCCUCAAACAUACUGUUUUUAUGAAAUGACAUAGGAAGUUACAGUAUGAAAUAAAACAGCCUGUUCAUUGUUUGUCUCA